AUGAGAGUGUUGAAUAGCACCGCCCCUCCUCAAACUACUUUGGUACCUUCAAAGAGCAAUAUUCAUAAUACAUUGAAAUCUAUUCAAGUUCACAAGCGUAGAAGACAAAUAGAAGAUGAUGUCUCUGAUAGUGACUCUUCCGAUUCCUUUGAUUCUUCCGAUAAUGAAAGUAAUGAUGAUGAUUGCAAGAAUGAUGAAAAUAUCAAUAACGAACAUCAUACGAUAUGGUCCGAUCCAUUCAACAUGAAUCCAUGGGAAAAGCCUAUACCAUCUAUUCAACCUAUCAGUUUCCAAGGAUAUGUAUGUAUGGAUACAGUGAAACUCAAGGUGGUGAAUGAUGUACCCCUAUACGAAAUAAUGAUGCUAAAUUUUGAAGCCCUUCCGUAUGUCAUCUAUCUCCCAUUUUCGUUUUCUUACUGGUUGAAGCAUGUUUUCCGUGACAAUAAGAACAACGACUUACCAGGCGGCAUCUUAACUGCUCAAGCAAAUGUAAAACGACUUGAUCAAAGGAAUUUGGUUAGUUUUGUUAACAUGAAUUGGCAUCCAACUGUUGGCUUUCCCAAGGAGAUUAAUGAGAUCAAAAAACUAGCUAUAUUUCGAUUAGGCGACUAUGAAAAAUACUUUUUUUUGGACGAAGGCAAUUAUGAUUUUUCUCAAUAUAGUAUUUAUAAUGCCAAAUAUUAUGUUUAUAAAUCGCAAGGAAACAAACGACAAAAAGUUGGACAUGAAAUUGAUAACAAGGAAACAGACUAG